AGUAAAAAUAGGUAUAUACAGUCCAUCUAGCGGCUACAAUUUUAUGGCACUCGCGCUGUAACUGACUGUUUUAUUUACAUUGAUAAAAAAAAAAAACAUUGUGCUGGCACUUGGCACGUGGCUCAAUCAAGACAGUAGCCAUUAAGAAAAAUAGAGUAAAUAAAUGUUGUGAUGCAUGAAUAUUAUCAAAGAAAAUAACCUAAAGCUAAGAAUUUCAUUUUGAAUUACACUCCGUCAAAAAAUGGUUAAGGUGACAUUCUUACACCCUGAUCUAGGAAUUGGUGGUGCUGAAAGGUUAAUUGUUGAUGCCGCACUGGCAUUGAAGGGAUUCGGCCACGACGUCAACAUUGUCACAACACAUCAUGAUCCGAAACGCAGUUUUGCAGAAACAAACAAUGGAACUUUGCCGGUGACAGUGGUUGGUAAUUGGAUACCACGUCAUAUUUUUGGAAAAUUUUAUGCAGUGUUUGCUUAUAUACGGAUGAUUUACGCGGCACUGGCCAUUUAUUUUAUGUCAGAUCGUCCUGACAUUAUAGUUUGUGAUCUUGUAUCUGCUUGUAUUCCAUUUCUACGUAUGGCCUCCGACUAUGUCAUAUUUUAUUGUCAUCACCCAGAUCAAUUACUAACUCAACCUGGAGGUUGGCUUAAAUCACUUUAUCGCAUUCCAUUAAAUUACUUAGAAGAAAAAACAACUGGUCAAGCAAAUAAGAUUUUUGUUAACAGUAACUACACUUUAAAAGUAUUUAAACAAACAUUUAAAAGUUUGGAUAUAACUCCAGAGAUUCUGUAUCCGUCAAUUCACACCGAUUUUUUUGACGCUGCUACACCUCAGCCACUGAAGAAUAUUUUCACUGAUAAAUUGAGCAAUUUACCGGCUGAUCGUUUUAUAAUAUUAUCGAUCAAUCGUUAUGAGCGUAAGAAAAAUAUAUUGUUAGCCAUAGACGCACUUGCUACCUGCAUUGAAAAAUUAAAAGGUACUGAAAACUUUAGUAAUAAUAUUUAUUUAAUAAUUGCUGGUGGUUAUGAUGAACGCGUCAAUGAAAAUGUUACUUAUUAUCAAGAACUUUAUGAUUAUGCAACUAAAUUGAAUAUUAUUGAUCGAGUGAUAUUUUUGAAAUCACCUAAGGAUAGCGAAAAAAUUUCGUUGUUAAAUAAUUGUGAUGUGUUAAUUUACACACCGGAAAAUGAACAUUUUGGAAUUGUACCUUUAGAAGCUAUGUAUUUACGUAAACCAGUUAUUGCACAUAACUCUGGUGGUCCAAUGGAAACUAUCGUCAAUGGUGUGACUGGCUAUUUGGUUGAUGGACCGAAUAUUGUUGAGGGAUUUGCCAAUAAAAUAGCUGAUUUAAUCAAAGAUAGUGAAAUGAGAAAAAGAUUUGGUAAUGCUGGUAGACAGAGAGUUAUCGAAUCAUUUAGUUUUACAGCAUUUGGAGUACAAUUGGAUCAAGUUGUUAAUGAUUUAACAAAGAGAAAUUAAUAAUGAAAUUUAUGAACAAUAUACGAUAUUAUUCUUUACCAAUGACCACUGUUUUAAUAAUUAUAAAGUUGCUUGGUGACCUAAAUAUUUUUAUAGAAAAUUUCGAUUUGAUUUUGAAUAAUUCGUACAUCAAAUAUUGAUAACUUCAUCACUCAACGGAUAGAAUUUUUUUUUUUUUAACGACACUCUUUAAGAGAAUAAACUCAGAACAUUAGAUAUUGUAUUUUAUCAUUGUAACAUUUUUCAUGUUUUCUAUAAAUUUUUGAUAAAUGAAGCUAAAGAUUGUAUUA